UGUCAAACUUGACAGUUUUAUCAUGAAAACACUGGUUUUGUGAGCCCUGUGCUAGUUUUUAGGUUAUAAAAAUGUUUAGAAAGUUAAGAAUACAGUAUUUUACGCCUAUAUACGCUAAUUACACAACUCGGGUUGCCGUCGACCCUAACUUAAAGGAGAAUUUUGAUGCCAACGUCUUCAAACCUCGUAAACAUCCCGGCACAAAUCGUGUCAAAAUAGCAUCGAUUCCUCCGGACAUACAGAAUGCUAUAAAAGUUAUUUUAGACGAUGCCGGGGCUAAAGCUUACUACCAGGAGAGCAUAAAACUAAGCAACUACAUCCGCUCACGCCAUUUACCGCCAGAAGAAGGCGAAAUCGAUGCAAAAGCCAAAAAGUUUCACGACAGUAUCUCCAAAAAGGUUUAUGCUAACAUAGACAAAGAUCUUACACCGGAUGAAAAGAAAGGAUAUGAAAACAAGAUAAACAGCUCAGUAUUUAAUGUGUUAAAGAAGAAUGUAUAUCGGUGGGGUAAUAUAGAUUACGAUAAACCAACUAGCCUACAAUAUUUGAUGAGUCGAGCUGCCCCAGAGUAUGCUGUCCUAGUAAGAAUUCUAGACGAAAUAAAAAAAUUCGAUCUCGAUUACAGACCAAGGAGUUUCUUUGACUUUGGCUCUGGAGUGGGCACUGGCACGUGGGCAGUGAACCACUACUGGAAAAAUGAUAUUUUUGAAUAUUUCUGUGUUGACACUUCUUCUAUAAUGCAUGAUUUAGCCCGACUUAUUUUAUGCGAAGGGAAAGACAACGUGGAGAUGCCACUAAAAGGAUAUUUCCAACGUCAAUUCUUACCUUCCUCAACCGAUCUGAAAUACAGUAUAGUUCUAUCCGCAUAUACAUUGUUCGAAUUACCAAGCAUGCAAUCUCGAUUAGAAACCAUACAAAAACUAUGGAACAAAACUGAAGACUACUUAAUAAUUGUCGAACAUGGUUCUAAUGCUGGCUUCAAAAUUGUAAAUGAAGCUAGAGAAUUUGUCUUAAACUUAAAAGGUAAAAAAAAUAAAGAAGGUUAUGCUUUCUCACCGUGUCCGAACGAUACCAUCUGCCCGCGUUACUUAGAGCAAGAAACCCCUUGCAACUUUCUUAUGAAGUACGAAUCAUUACCGUAUGCGGCAAAGCCUGAAAUAUGUGCUGAUUUAUUCUCUUAUGUUAUACUUAAAAAGGGGGUGAGGCCGUCCGAUGAUCCUCAGUGGCCGAGGAUAGUAAGAGCUCCCAUAGUAAGGUCCAAACAUACCAUUUGUAAACUUUGUACAGUGCAAGGAGAAUUGAAAGAGAUUAUAUUUUCGAAAGCGAAGUAUGAUCAGACUACGUACAGGUGUGCUCGGUCAUGUAAUUGGGGCGAUCUGUUGCCUGUGAAAUAAAUUGUAAGAAAGAUU